GUUUUCUACAGCCUUCCCAGCUCAGGUGUGCGAAAGCAGCCUGCAUUCUCUAUCAGAGGACAGAGAGCCAGGCCAGGCCUCUGUGGAUGACAAACACAUUUGACAAAGGACAAUUGUUGAGUGAGAGGGAGGCUGCUUUUUUGGAGUGCCUUCCUUUUAUAGUAAACAGCAGUUGUCUUCGCAAUUUGCCCACCCCUCGGGUGCGAGACCCACAGCUGAGUAUAUAAGCUGUGGACGCAAGGAUCGCCUUUUGUUCCCUGCAGUCCCGAGGGUUCUUGAUCCCAGCGCUUUGGCAAGAAAUCCAGACUCAUGCCUCCCAAAAAGCCUGAUCCCAAGAAAGAAGCCCCCAAAGCCGCUCCGGCUCCCGCUGCUGCGCCAGCUCCAGCUCCAGAACCACCUAAAGAACCUGCCUUUGAUCCCAAAAGUGUGACGAUUGAAUUCAAUGCUGAUCAGAUUGAAGAGUUCAAAGAAGCAUUCAUGCUCUUUGACAGGACCCCAACUGGAGAGAUGAAAAUCACAUACAGUCAGUGUGGAGAUGUCAUGCGAGCCCUGGGACAGAACCCAACCAAUGCAGAGGUCUUAAAAGUGCUAGGGAAACCAAAGCCAGAAGAAAUGAACACAAAGAUGCUGGAUUUUGAGACCUUCCUCCCAAUGUUACAGCACAUUGCCCGAUCCAAGGACCAAGGGACUUUUGAGGAUUUUGUGGAAGGACUGCGUGUCUUUGACAAGGAAGGAAAUGGCACUGUCAUGGGAGCUGAACUGCGUCAUGUCCUUGCUACUUUAGGGGAGAAGAUGACAGAAAGUGAAGUUGAACAAUUAAUGGCUGGACAAGAAGAUGCUAAUGGCUGCAUCAACUAUGAAGCUUUCGUCAAGCAUAUCAUGUCUGGUUGAAGCUUGAAUCUUUAAAAUUCUUCAGAGGAAUAAAAAACUAAUUCAGCAGAAAUUUCCUCAUAUCCUUUCCACCUCAAAACUCUGUAGGAGAUGCAUCUAUGACAAGCCAUAUUAAAGGGACUGCCCAUUAUAAUAACAUAACAACCUCUGUAUUAAAUGCCUCUGCAUCAAUUUCAAAUUUUAAUCUAUUAUUUUGAAUAAUUUCUUCCUUCUUUUUGUUGCAUCUGGUCCAUUCAAAUUAAUGUCUGUAUAUUUGUGCAGGAUGCACAAACUCUUAUUUGAUAAAAAAAAAAAAA